AUGGACACGGAGGCGAAGCUGAACAUGAGCCUGGAGGAGCUUGCGAUGACGUCGCGGAGGUCUCCCGGAGGCGGACUCAACGCCCGUCGUGUGAACCGGCGUCCGUCGCCGUACUCGCGUGGAGAUUACGGAACCCGGAGGGGAGGCAGCGCGACGAUCAUCUGCAACAACUGCAAGAUGCCCGGCCACAUCGCGCGCGAGUGCACCAACCUCGCCGUCUGCAACAACUGCGGCGCUCCAGGCCACAUCGCGUCGGCGUGCACGUCGGAGGUGGUGUGUCGCAACUGCAAGCAGCCGGGGCACAUCGCAGCGGAUUGCACCAACGAGGCCGUCUGCCGCAACUGCGGCAAGCCGGGCCAUCUCGCCGUCGGCUGCACCGUCGGCGCCGUCCCCAAGUCGCAGCUGUGCAACAACUGUUUCAAGCCGGGGCACGUGGCGGCGGAGUGCAGCAACGAGAUGGCGUGCAACAACUGCCGCCAGACUGGCCACAAGGCGCGCGAGUGCCCCAACGCGCCCGUCUGCAACGUCUGCGGCGUCGCGGGCCACUUCGCGCGCAACUGCCCCUCCGCCGGCGGCGGCGGUGGUGGCAGUUUUGGCGGCGGCGGCGGUUUCGGCGGCGGCGGGUUUGGUGGCGGCAGGUUUGGCGGCGGGGGUUAUGGUGGUGGCGGGGCCGGGGGGACGUGCCACUCCUGUGGGCUCCCAGGGCAUAUCGCGCGUAACUGCCCCAACGCAGGGGGGUACGGCGGCGGCGGGGGAGCGGAGCUGUGCCGCAACUGCCACCAGCCGGGGCACUUUGCAAGGGAGUGUCCGGUGGGCGUGAUCUGCCACGUGUGCGGCGGCAGGGGGCACAUGGCCGCAGCCUGCCCCUCUGAUCCCCGCGCCAUGCGCGGCGUUGGCGGGCGCCGCUAA